AUGUCCACCACCCACAAGUUUGCCAUGUACGUCCUCGAUGCAUCCGACCCGGGCGCGUUCGAGCGCCGGCUGUUUCAUAUGAGCACACACAAGGAGAACGCAGCCGCGCUUGUCAAGAGGGGCAUCCUCACCUACGGUGGCCCGCUGCUCUCGUCCGAGUCCAUCGUAUCGCCGACCGCGGAAAAGAAGAUGGUCGGGUCGUUGAUGGUCUACGAAGCCGACAGCCUCGAUGCGGCCAGGAAGGUCGUCGAGAGCGAUCCUUUUUAUACCAAUGGGGUGUGGGAUAAGGAGAAGCUGCUCCUCUUUCCAUUCGUACAAGCAGGCGCUCUGUGA